AUGCCUCAGGCAGAUGUGGAGAGUUCCUUGGCGAGAGCUUUCAAAGUGUGGAGUGACGUCACCCCAUUAACCUUCACCAGAGUCUAUAAUGGAGAAUGCGAUAUUGAGAUCAAGUUUGUAGCUGGAGAUCACAGUGAUAACUCUCCAUUUGAUGGACCUAAUGGGGUUUUAGCCCAUGCUUUUCAGCCUGGUAAAGGCAUUGGUGGGGAUGCUCACUUUGAUGAAGAUGAACAAUUCACAAAAAACAGCCAACAAUAUAAUUUGUUUUUGGUGGCGGCUCAUGAAUUUGGACAUUCACUUGGUCUGCACCAUUCUGAAGACCCUGGGGCAUUAAUGUACCCCAAUUACCCACACACAGACCCCAGCCGGUUCAAGCUUCCUCAGGAUGACAUCGAUGCUAUCCAAUCUCUCUAUGGCAAGACCUCAGAUGAAGUGCAGCCAACAGGACCCACCACCCCUUCCAAAUGUGACCAAAACCUUGUGUUUGAUGCUGUCACCACCCUCCGAGGAGAAUUGUUUUUCUUUAUAAACAGGUUUGUAUGGCGUAAACAUCCACAAGGAGGUGAAGCUGAUCUGCUUUUUAUCCAGAGUCUGUGGCCAACUUUACCCAAUGACAUUGAUGCUGCUUAUGAGAAUCCUAUUACUGGAGAAGUUCUUGUAUUUAAAGGGGACAAAUAUUGGACUCUUGAUGGAUUUGAUGUUUCACAAGGAGCUAAAAGCCUCACCAAGCUGGGAUUUCCUAGAAAUGUUAAGAAAAUUGAUGCGAUUGUCCAUGUGGAGCACCUGGGAAAGACUUACUUCUUCGUCAAAAAUAAGUACUGGAGUUAUGACGAAGACAAAAAAUCAGUGGAUGAAGGAUUUCCAAAGUUCAUUGCUAAAGGAUUUCCAGGAAUGAGUCCAAAUAUUGAUGCUGUGGUUUAUUAUAGAGGCCUUCUUUACUUCUUCCAAGGAACAUCACAGUUCCAGUACAGCAUUGAGUCAAGAAGAAUCCUCCAGGUGCUGGCCACCAACAGCUGGAUGGGAUGUUAA